GACUUUCUUCAGUCGUCCUGAGUCUGGGUUCAUCUGACACCAGCUGCCUCUACCAUGCCACCCAAGUUCAACCCUGAGAUCAAAGUCAUGUACCUGAGGUGUCCCAAUGGGGAAGUCAGUGCCACGUCUGCCCGGGCCUUCAAGAUCAGUCUCCUGGGUCUGUCACCAAACAAGAUUGGUGAUGACAUUGCCAAAGCAACCAGUGAUUGGAAGGGUCUGUGGACGACAGUGAAACUGACCAUUCAGAACAGACAGGCCCAGGCGGAGGUAGUGCCUCCCGCCUCUGCCCUGGUCAUCAAAGCCCUCGGAGAACCCCCACGAGACAGAAAGAAGCAGAAAAUUAACAUUAGGCACAGUGAAAAUAUCAGUUUUAAUGAGACUGUCGACAUUGCCCAGCAGAUGCGUCAGCGAUCUUUUGAACUGUCUAGAACCACUGAAGAGCUCCUGGGGACAGCCCAGCCUGCGGGCUGCAGUGUCGAUGGCCACCACCCUCAUGACAUCACAGAAGACACCAACAGCGGUGCAGUGGAGUGCCCGGCUAAUUAA